UCAAUGGCAGGUUAGAUGCAUGACACAUCUGAAAGCGGCUCGAAAAGGAUGAGGGGCUUCAAUCAUUGUUUCUCUUUCUUCCUCUCUAUCUCCAUUUGUAUGAAAUUUAUUACUAUACCAUGCAAUGGAGACCAAAAUCCUCUUCAAGACCUCUGCCCAACAUUGAUGCCCAACCAAUCUAUAUUUAUUAAUGGCCAUUUUUGCAAGGCUCCAACCACUGUUUUAGCAUCAGAUUUCAAGAGUUCUAAGCUUAACGAAGCAGGAGACACUGAUAAUUAUGUUGGAUCUUCAGUAAAUCUCUUAACUGCUGAAGUUUUCUCAGGGCUUAACACACAGGGCUUAUCGAUAGCUAGGAUAGAUUAUUCCAUUUAUGGAAUGGUUACACCCCAUGUUCACCCUAGGGCCUCUGAGAUGCUCUAUGUGAUCGACGGCAUAAUUAUCGCUGGAUUUGUGGCCAAAAACAAAGUUUUUCAGCAAAUUCUCAAGCAAGGGGACGUGUUUGUGUACCCAAGGGGUCUGUUGCACUUCAGUGUAAAUGCUGGGUUUGGACCUGCGACUUCUAUAUCGGUGUUUAAUUGCCAAAAUCCUGGGGUUGUGAGCUUUAGUGAUGGUAUAUUUAUGUCAGAUUCUGGUUUGUUAGAGAGAGUGGUUAGGAGGUCUUUCGGACUCUCGGCAUUGGAGAUUGGGCAUGCAAGGAAUGUGACCAGGGGUGUGCAUUGAUAAAUUUUGCAUUGUGCAGGGGUUUCGUUAUCACUUGAUGGUUGAAUGAUCGAAGUAUUUGCCCAUAACUUGUGUGAAAGAUAUGUUUAUCUAUAUAACAAUACAGUAAAGAUUGUUGGUUUGGUGAAUUUUAUUUUCAGGGCGGUUAUCAGGGACUCGAAAUUUGCAGUUCAGUGAGGUCGCCCUUGCGCUUGUAGCUUUAAGCCAAGAGGCAAAACUCCGGGUUUGUAAAAUUUCAUCAUGAAACCUGGCUCUUGGCUUAAUUCAUCAUGAAA